AUGCUUGGCCGUAGAAUCAGCAUUUGGAGAAUUGAAACAGCCUGGGCAUUUUACGGUUACAUUGCACAAAGCCCUUCAAAAGGUAGAUUGGUAAAGCAUUUGGACAUUGGAAAACUUGACAUUGGCACACACGAGUUGAACAAAAGGCUCUUGAGAUUGAUAUUUACACCAAACCUUGAAAUUUUGAGGGGCCAAAACUGCCAAUCAGACUACUAUGAUGAAAUGACUAGAAUCGCAAAAGAAUCGCCUACAACGUUCAGGAAACUCAACGUUAUUCCACACCCACUGAGCUUCACCAAGAGCUACAGAGAUUCAGCAAUGCUUUUCAAAGACACCUUGCAAGAUGCAUUCGUACUUGAUUUAGACAUGCUGCACACUGGUGAUAACGAUGUAAAGUAUUUAAAGCAGUUCAAGCGCUUGACCUCCUUUGCGUUCUAUUUCUCUUCCAUCGUAUGUCUUAAAUAUAUUGAUGUGCUUCUCGACACGUUACCACAAGUGAAGAAAAUCAAGCUUCAUAUUACUGCUGAGGCUGACGAUUGGGCAAUGCAGCGUGGCAUAGAGUUUUUAGAACAUAUCCCAAAGAAUCAUGUUUUGAAAAGACUGAAAAUCACUACCACAUCAGCAGCAAUCAUGUGUGUACUCAUGUCUAAAUUUGUCUCUUUAGAAAGCUUGGAGUUAGAUCUGGAAGUCGAAAACGAUGAAUUGGAGAUACCUUAUGCUGUCAUGCUUGUAGCAAAGCCGGUGCCCUGCUUCAAUUACUCAUUUAUAGUCCUCAAAGAUGGGCUCAUGCGCAAAAAGGAAAUUGAGGAUUUUAUUUGGCAGAUCCGCAUCCAUCACCAGUGUAUCAAGACUGGAGACGAGUAUGUUCUUUGGUAA